UAGCAGCAGCCAGAUCAGAUUCCAGACCAUCGUCUUCCCAGAGUAUCAUUGUUUUCCCCUUAAAAAACUCGUAUUAAAAUUAAAAAAAUAAUAAUAAUAAAUGAAUCCAUAAAUUUCCCACUCCUUUUACUCUUCCCCUUCUUUUCUCGCUUUCUGCUCUGAUUCACUCUUAAAUCUUGGAUUCUUCUUUUGAUUUCGUGGGGUUUAUUACAGAAAUGGCUGCAGUUCAGCCACUUUCAAAUGGGGUUUCUGAGAUUACUCCAGAGCAGGUUGAUGUUUUAAAAUCCGAAAAUGAACAGACUUCCGAUGCUGGACGUAGUGGGAGACGUCCUGAUAUUUCACUUCAAAUACCCCCAAGAUCGUCCGGCUUUGGUAAAAGCCGUAGUGGAAAAGGUUUACUCCAAUCUCAAGCUUCCAAUAAUGGUGUUUUAUCUCCAGGAAGCUUCUUGAGGGCUUUAAGCUUUAAGAGAAAAGGCAUUGUUGCUGAGGGUGAGAGAAGUUCACUUUUGAGUUCGGACCCGAGGACAACUGCUGAAAGUCCAAUAAUGGCUGCUUUUGCUUCGGCAUUUUCGUGGAAAAGAUCCUCCUCUCUCCCAGUUACUCCAGCAUCAAACUUGUCCCCCGUGGUUCCCCUCCCUGCCACAACAACUCCGAUUGAAACCGAUGAAAGGCCAAUCCCACGUAAAGGAGCAGUCCGUACAGUUUCGAGGUCUCUAUCCGUGCCCGGUAGAAAUAUCGUUAUAAUACGAUCUACAUCUUUCGUUACCCGUAAUGUGCAUUCUGAGGCCAGUACUAGUUCUGAUGAAAAUGGUUCUGCUACCUUGGAAAACGACGAUGAAGAAAUUGCUGAAGAGGAAGCAAUUUGUAGAAUUUGUCUUGACCCAUGUAAAGAAGAAAACACUCUCAAAAUGGAAUGCAGUUGCAAAGGAGACCUCAGGCUUGUACACAAAGAUUGUGCAAUUGAAUGGUUUAGCAGAAAAGGAAACAAGAACUGUGAAGUCUGUAGGCAGGAAGUACAGAAUUUACCCGUCACGUUACUCCGAAUUCCCACCACCGCACAACGGGACAGAAGGCAGUCGCAAAAUCAACAAACUUUCCGUUCACAGGCGAUCAGUGUUUGGCAGGACUUUGUGGUGCUUGUUUUAAUCAGCACAAUAUGCUACUUUUUCUUCCUCGAGCAGCUUCUGAUUCAUGACUUGAAGACUAAGGCGAUCGCUUAUGCUGCGCCGUUUGCAUUGGUGUUCGGUCUCCUGUCAUCGAUAUUGUCUGUCAUCCUCGCAAUCAAGGAGUACAUAUGGACAUAUGCAGCUCUUGAGUUUGCACUUGUAGCUAUCAUUCUUCAUCUAUUCUAUACUUUGCUGAAACUGAAGGCCAUUCAUGCCAUAUUGCUGUCUGCUGUCUUGGGUUUAGGUGUGGCUAUGAGCCUGAACGCUCUAUACAUUAAUUACUACAUUUGGCGAGUUCGAGUUGCUCAGAAUCCUAACCCGCAAAAAUGCAGGUAGAUUCCAUUUUACAGAAAAUUCAGGUAUCCCAAGAGUAACGAUCAUCAUCUCAAAUGUACGUAUCGACAAUAUCAAUAGAUGGGAUCGAGCGGAAGCUACAACUGGUAGUGAUGAACGAAGAUUAUGCUUGAACUUUGAAGACAUGUAUCAAUGCACCGUAUAUAUUUUUCGUAUAGCGAAUUCUGAUCCGUUGGAAGCAGUUUUCUGUUAUAUCUUUGCAAUGUCAUGUACAAAAAGACUUAAAAAGGCCAUGAGUAUCCACUACUCAAGCUUGUAAAUUUUUAGCAGCAGUUCCACUCUCAAGUAGUUUCUCAA